AUGACAGCUUGUUAAACCAGUCCGUUUGCUCACCGACCGUCUGUGAAGGAAUAGAAAGAAUACUAAAACAAAUAUCUCAACGAACGAACUGAACGUCUCACACGAAGUGUCAAUAUGAAAGCGAUAAGCCCAGUAAGGUCUUUCCGGAAAAACAGCGCGAAUCUGUCUGAACACAGUCUGGGAAUCUCUCGGAGCAAGACUCCCGUGGAUGAUCCUUUAAGCCUGCUUUACAACAUGAACGACUGCUACUCCAAGCUGAAGGAGCUGGUGCCUAGCAUCCCUCAGAACAAGAACGUAAGCAAGAUGGAAAUCCUGCAGCAUGUCAUCGACUAUAUUCUGGACCUGCAGAUCGCACUUGACUCCAAUGUCGCAAUAACGAGCCUCCAUCACCCGCGACCAGGGCAAGCUACACCCAGGACUCCCCUAACAACUCUCAAUACAGAUAUCAGCAUCUUGUCAUUACAGUCUCCGGAGUUCCCAUCAGACCUGAUAACGGAUGACAGCAGGACUCUUCAUCGUUAAAGCAGCGUUUGUUUGGUUAAGACACAACACACACAGGACCUCGGAACCGGGCUUUUUUCCUUCUAUUUUUGUCCUCAGGUUCUGGAAUUUCUUUAAUUGAAUCAAAAGACUUUGCUUAAAGGACAAUCUAUGUGAUGUGUUUUCAGUUCGGACACUCAUAUUAUUUAAUUUAAGACUUUUUUUUGUCCUUUCUUGAAAUGGAAGGCGCGCUAUAUUCCCGAAACUGGGAGAAAAACAAAUGAGAGAUUAUUGUCACAAGGAUUUCCCUUUAUCCCCCUUGAAGUCUUUUUUUUUUUUUUGCGGAGUUGGCUCGUGAAUAGAAGACGCAUUGGUUAGUUACUGUAUAAAAUGUAGUCUGUCUUGUCAGAAUUGUUACUCUUCUUGGCACAUGAAGGACUGGACAUUGUAAAAAAUGAAAUGAACAAGUGAAACCUUGUGAACUCGCUCGGAGGUUUAUCUUGUAUAGUUAAAGGAAUUGCACAUUUCUGCAAAAGUGUAAUGCUGUACUUAAUUAUGCUGAAACUUUUUAUAAAAGUAAUAAUGUAAAUUGUACCUUUUUUAUACAAAAAAUAAACCAAAUGCAUUAUUUGAACAUG